GAAAGCGAGCGAACGACCCCGUCGCCCACUACCUCUUCCGCCUUGCGUGUGCGCAGCCGCAACUUUUCCUCCUCUCCAUCCUCUACCCGCGGCGAAACCCCCAAACCCUCCCCUCCUCCACCCCCGCCCGAUCCACCCGUCGGCGAUGGGCAGCUCCGUCGCCGGAUCGAGCGUCGUCGUUCCUAGGAACUUCAGGCUAUUGGAAGAGCUUGAGCGUGGAGAGAAGGGCAUUGGUGAUGGGACAGUGAGCUAUGGAAUGGAUGAUGCAGAUGACAUCUACAUGAGGUCAUGGACUGGUACCAUCAUUGGCCCCCACAAUACUGUACAUGAGGGCCGCAUCUACCAGCUUAAGUUGUUCUGUGACAAGGAUUAUCCUGAGAAGCCACCAUCUGUCAGAUUCCAUUCAAGAAUCAACAUGACAUGUGUUAAUCACGAGACAGGAGUGGUUGAUCCAAAGAAGUUUGGUUUGCUGGCAAACUGGCAGCGGGAUUACACAAUGGAAAACAUCCUAACCCAGCUCAAGAAGGAGAUGGCUGCCUCACACAAUCGCAAGCUAGUGCAGCCUCCGGAAGGGACAUUCUUCUAAAGAAGAAUUGGGUGGCCCAUCUUGGGAUUCAACAACAGUAACUGAUAAGUUGUGUUAAUGGGGGGAAAACAACUUCUACAUCUGGUCCCUGUGCUUGUGUUUUCCAGUUUCCUAUGCUAUGUUCUGCAAUCUGUGAACAGCUGUGAACAAUCGAAGUAUCUCCCUUGCGAUUUGCAUAGUGGCUGCUGGGGAUGUUGCAAGUUCCAGGGAUGUAUCUUGAAACUGUCGUAGUGCCCUGAUUAAGGAAUAGACAACAUCUCCGUGUUACCUAUAUAAUAUAGCCUCUGUGUGCGCGCGUCUUCCAAGUUCCAAGUA